AUGUCGUCGUCGAGCAACAUUGCCAAAAUCGAGAUCUUCCGCGUGCCACCUCGCUGGGUAUUCGUCCGAGUUGAGACAGAGGGUGGUAUCGUUGGAUGGGGAGAAGGGACGUUGGAAGGGCAUACGGAAGCUAUCGAGGGGGCAUAUAAAGACCUCAUAAGGAGAUUCGUAGGAUGGGAUGCUGAUAGGAUUCAAGACAUCUGGCAACAUGCAUACCGCUCGCGGUUCUAUAGAGGCGGCCCAGUUCUCAUGUCUGCGCUCUCUGGAUUGGAUAUUGCCCUGUGGGAUAUCAAGGGCAAGAAACUCGGUGUUCCUGUCUGGCAGUUACUGGGUGGGAAGGUUCGCGACCGCCUCAAGGUGUACAGCUGGAUUGGCGGGGACAAACCCCGUGAUGUGAUUGAAGGCGCAAUGAGUCGGAAACAACAAGGGUUCACUGCUGUCAAGAUGAAUGGCACCGAGGCGAUCGGUUGGAUUGAUUCUCCCGCUUUGUUGGAAGAGACCGUGGCUAGAGUCAGCGAUGUCAGAUCUGUCGGGCUGGAUGUAGGAGUUGAUUUCCAUGGGCGAGUGCACAAGGGCAUGGCCAAGCAGCUCGCAAAGCUGCUGGAGCCUCUUCACCCUCUCUUUAUUGAAGAACCGUUACUAUCCACGCAACCGCUGGAGAUCGCUGAUCUUUCCAACUCAGUCUCUAGCCCUAUCGCGCUCGGCGAGCGUCUCUAUGGUCGUAGCGAAUUCCGUCCAUAUCUUGAAGCUCGUGCCAUUGAUAUUGCUCAGCCCGACGUUGCUCACUGCGGUGGGAUCAGCGAGUUGCAUCGCCUUGCUUCCCUAACUGAGACGUACGACGUCGCUCUGGCCCCACACUGUCCCCUCGGUCCUAUUGCACUUGCGGCGUGCAUGCAAGUUGAUAUCGCUUCGCCCAACUUCUUCAUUCAGGAGAUGAGUCUACAGAUGCACUACAACGAGGGCGCAGACCUCCUCACAUAUCUCGUCGACCCGUCAAUCUUCGCGAUCAAGGAUGGUUAUGUCGAAGCUCUUCAGGGCUCUGGCUUGGGCAUUGAGAUUAACGAAGCUCUAGUGCGUGAGUACGCCGCGAAGUACAGCAGUGAUCACCCGUGGAAGAAUGCCGUAUGGACUGGGGAGGAUGGAUCACUCAGGGAAUGGUAG